GAGAACUACUCGUACUCGUACUCGAUCGGUUUUUGAACAAAUCGCUACGAGUACGAGAACGCACGACGUACCGUACGGUACGAUAUUGCGAGUCCCCGUUUAGGCACAAAAAGCAUCGAUAGCAAGGUACUGAAUGAUMAGGGAAAGUGUUUCUUUUUGAAGGGAAGAGAAGUUGCCAAAGCAAGACAACAAGACAAUGGUAUCUACCAUCCUAUUUCACUGCCUGCUGGCAUUGCAUCUGAUUUCUUUUUCAACCGCAUCGUGCCCAGGAUUCAAAUUGGGAACCACGACAUGCAACUCCGGAAUCUUUUCGAGGUCGUCAAUUAAAGCAUCGUGUGCAGAAGACGAUAAGGUGGAAGUCUCUGGUACUGUUACUGCUCCGUCUGCUUUCGAAGACGCCGAAGUUACGUUCGUCCCUUGCAUCCGAAGCACGGGGGUCUGUUUCGACGAAUACUCACAAAGGGGGGGAAACAUCUGUGAUCUUAUUUCAGCUAGCGAUGGAUCAGAUUGCGGAAGCGCGGGAACAUACACAAUUGAUCAGGAGUUUGAUAUCCCUGAGGAAGUCACGGACCAUAGUUGGUUCAUGCGACUUGUUACAAUUAGAGUCUUGAUUAAUGACGAAGAAGCAUGUACUCAGAAUGCGACGACAAAUGCUUCGUCUUCGGCCUUUAUGGCAACGGGAAUGGCGUCCCUUUUCGCUGUUGGAAGUUUGAGCAUGUACUUCAUGCGUCGACGCCAACGMCCUGURCUUGUUUUGGACGAAAAUGGCUAUGCCGAUAGACAUCUUGGUCGAUUCGUUCAAAUGAACGAUUUGUCUCCUAGUGUUAGCAGUAUUGGUCUUAGAGGAGGUUUCUCUUGGAGUGGGAUGGCAUAAAAAAAAUUGACAACUCUCGCAACGAGUGACAAAGGUUUUCUCCUUUGCUUUUGUAACAUAAUUGUAAAUCUCAGAGUUGAAUUGUGAAUUCAAAUGCAAAAAAUCGGAAUGAAAACCACGAAACUUUGUAUUCUCGAAAGAGAAUACUGAAACACAAAUUCGCCUCUAUCGAACAAUUGUACACGAUACUGAUACCUAGAAAACGAUGCAAUUUUAGAAACACUGAUUAAUUUACUUCAUAACAUGGGCAACAAUUUAAAUUUAAGGGAUCUUUCAUGGGUUGAGAAGGCUGGGAUCURGUUUGCGUGUCAAUCGAACUGCCAACAUCUUCUACUCUUUUCGACUCCAGCUUAAUAAUCAGCAYUAGAAUUCAGGCGUCUCAUGUUUCGCUGCAACUUGUUGAUUUGCUCCUGCUGCUCUUUAAGCUGCUUUUGGAUAUUUGCAAAAUUCUUGAAAGCCCUGACGUUGUCUUUGUUGAUGACCACCUCGACAUCGUCGAUAASCAUGACGAAUUUCUUAGCGGCAACGCGGAAUUCACCGUGGCAUGUUGACUUAUUCGUGUAGUCUCCGAGGGCGCAAUUAAUAACGCAAGAUCUGUGAUGAUUGGCCUUUGCAUUGCGACCCAUGGCGAUGGAAAAGUUUCCUUCGGCAUCGUUGCCGUCACCUCCGACCGCAACAGCAAAUUUCCCGCCUGCCGAGUUGUCUCUGCCUCCGACCACGGUCGAAAAUUCACCAUUGGCUUCGUUGCGGAUACCACCACAGAUCGUAGACAAUCGGGCUUGGGCAUUGUUCAUCUUUCCACCCGAAACCACCGACACGUUGCCAUUCGCCUCGUUCUGGACGCCACCAGAUACAGUAGCGCCUGGAUUGUUGGCAGAAUUCUUCCAACCUCCGCCGACGGUAGCCUCAUUUGCUGUCGCCAUGUUUGCUGCCCCUCCUGACACAGUGGCCCUUACCUUCGUUGCCUUAUUUUGCUCUCCACCAGCUACGGUAGACACUGGACCGCUUGCCACGUUGCCUCCGCCCCCGGAAACAACACUGCGUAAUGCCUGUGCUACGUUGUUGUGCCCACCCGAAACGGUUGCCAUUUUACCUGGAGCUCUCGUGUUUACUCCCCCACCGACUGUAUGUUCGGGAGUAGAGGAGCCCGGUGGCCCAGAUGGUGACGGCUCAGGUUCCGGUUCUACCGGCGUUGCAGUAGCCACCGCGACGGCUACUGCCGGAGCGGAAUUCGCGGCGUCUUCUYUCUCUCGUUCAGCGAUCAUCCAUGCCUUGUACUCUGGAUUGAGCUUCAUUUUGCCAUCGACCUUGACAUACUUCUUCGGGGCAUCCACCAUGAUCACUUUUCCUUUGAAGCUUUCKCUUUGAUAACUUGGUUAUAUUCUCUUACCUYGCACGGGUGUGUAAUGUAGGUAAUUUAUAAUCUAAUCG